AUGUCAGCAAAUUUAUUGGAUGUGUUUAAAACAGUAAGAGUUAUUUUAAAAUUUGAUAAGGUUCGCAUUGACAACAACAUUUCACGUUUACAUUACAAAUUAACUGUCAUAGUAUUAGUUGUAUUUUCUUUACUUGUAACUUCAAAACAAUAUUUUGGAGAACCAAUUCAAUGUCACUUAAGUCAAGAAGAAGGCUUAAAUCUGGAUGCUUAUUGUUGGAUAUUUAGUACAUUUACUGUGAAAAAACAUUUCAAUGGCACUCCAGGUAAACAUAUUGUCGCUGCAGGAGUAGCAUCUGCAACGGAAAAAGAUGAAGUCAUUUCGCAAAAAUAUUAUCAGUGGGUUUGUUUUGUGUUAGCUUUACAAGCAGCUGCUUUUUAUAUACCUCGACAUUUAUGGAAAACUUGGGAAGCCGGACGUUUAAAAAUGCUUGUAGGGGAUUUGGGUUCACCGAUUGUGUCUGCAGAAUGGACAGCACAUAGGAAAAAAAACCUUCUUAAAUAUAUUGCAUUAACAUAUAGAAACACUCACACGAUGUACGCUUUUAGAUAUAUUUUUUGUGAAUUUUUAAAUUUUUUAAAUGUAGUAGCGCAAAUAUAUUCAAUUGACAAAUUUCUUGGAGGAACGUUUACAACAUAUGGCCCAAAAAUAUUAGAACUAUCUGAAUUAACACCAGAAGAGCGUAUGGAUCCAAUGUCAUAUGUAUUUCCAAAAAUUGCCAAAUGUUCAUAUCGUUCUGUUGGACCUAGCGGUGGUAUAGAAUUACGUGAUGCACUUUGUAUACUCCCAUUAAAUAUUUUAAAUGAAAAAAUAUUUAUGUUUUUAUGGUUUUGGUUUGUGAUUUUAUCAAUAAUAUCAUUGGCAUUAUUUUUAUAUCGUUUAUUGACUGUUUAUAGUAUUAAGUUAAGAAAAUAUUUACUAAUGGCACAAGCACGUCAUGUUAAACGAGCUGUCAUUGACAAUAUUGUUAAUCAAUUAUAUUUUGGUGAUUGGUUCAUGUUAAAUAUGUUGGGCAAAAAUAUGAAUCCUAUUAUUUUUAGAGAAUUAGUUGUGGAUUUAGGAAUAUACUUAAUGUCUGAUAGUAGAAUGCAACAACAGAUGAUACCAUUAGAGGAGAUUUAA